GCUGCGGACAUGCGCUGUGUGGCGUCGCUGGCUGGUUGCUUCUCUGCGACUCCACCCCUCCAACAGACGAAGGCAUGGCGAGCACCGAGGCUAGAAGGGAGUGUGAGACAGAGGGCUGCAGCAAGGACGCCAAACUUCAGUGCCCCACAUGUAUCAAGCUUGGUAUUCAAGGCUCCUAUUUCUGUUCACAGGAAUGUUUCAAAGGGAGCUGGGUGUCUCACAAGUUGCUGCACAAAAAAGCAAAGGAGGACAAGAACCAGAAUGAAUCUAAGAACUGUGUGGAGAAGGACAUCAACACAGACCCAUGGCCGGGCUACCGCUACACAGGAAAACUACGCCCUUACUACCCACUGACUCCCAUGAGGACUGUGCCCAGUGACAUCCAAAGACCUGACUAUUCUGAUCAUCCCAGAGGGAUAUCUGAGUCUGAGCAGUUUCUAAAGGGGACGUCACAGAUCAAGAUCCUUUCUCCUGAGGACAUUGAAGGCAUGAGAGUAGUGUGUGAGCUGGCUAGAGAAGUCCUGGACAUUGCAGCCAUGAUGGUGAAACCAGGUGUUACAACAGAAGAAAUCGACCAUGCUGUGCAUCUGGCUUGUACAGCAAGGAACUGCUACCCCUCCCCUCUCAACUACUACAACUUCCCCAAAUCCUGCUGCACGUCUGUCAACGAAGUCAUCUGCCAUGGCAUCCCGGACAGAAGACAACUACAAGAAGGAGAUAUCCUCAACGUGGACAUCACCGUCUACCACAACGGUUUCCAUGGUGACCUCAAUGAAACCUUCUAUAUCGGAGAGGUGGAUGAAGAAGCGAAGAAACUGGUUCAGACCACAUAUGAAUGCCUUAUGCAAGCCAUCGACUCUGUGAAGCCUGGCAUCCGCUAUAGAGAAUUAGGUAACAUCAUCCAGAAGCAUGCUCAGGCCAACGGCUUCUCUGUGGUGCGGAGCUACUGUGGCCACGGCAUCCACAGACUUUUCCACACCGCUCCCAAUGUGCCACAUUAUGCCAAAAACAAAGCAGUCGGUGUUAUGAAGCCUGGCCAUGUGUUCACCAUUGAGCCCAUGAUAUGUGAAGGUGGCUGGCAAGACGAGACGUGGCCCGACGGCUGGACGGCGGUGACCAGAGACGGGAAGCGCUCGGCUCAGUUCGAACACACCCUGCUGGUGACGGAGACGGGCUGCGAGAUCCUCACCCGCCGCCCGGUGGACAACGGUCGCGCUCAUUUCCUGAGCCAAAUGUAGGCUAGACUUGAAUGCACCAAGGACUGGACUUUCCAGACACAUACACCCAGCACCUCUGGGUCUCACACACACACACUCACACACACACACACACAUCACACACCUUAAACAAGAGGCACCACUCUUAGAGCUCAGUUUAACUGUGGCUCUCAUUGUUCUUUGAAUUAAAUAUCGGUUCCUCAAAUUAAAUGGAAGUACUUGAAUGUGUCUUAUAUCAAACGUGGAUCGCUUUAUUAGUGAAAACUGUAUCCUCUAAAGGAAAUAUGAAAGUAUUUAUUAGGUUUUGAUUUCGCUUAGUGGUCGGGCUUGACAUCAGGCCUGCUUUCACCUCUGGGUCAUGUCACCUAGAGUUUUUACUGGCUGGCUAGUUGUUGUCUGUGGUGUGUGGAGCUCAGGACAAAUCCAACCAGUACCCCGUGCUUUGCUUCUUUUCGCUCAGCCUCUGCUAACUUAAUCAGAAAAGAAUCAGCAAUACCAGAGACAGAGGAGGGUCCCGGGAAACUGGGUAAACAAGUCUCACAACUAGCAACUCAAAACUUAUUUUAGAUGUAGAAAAUAACACUAGGCUGAACAACCUAACCUUAAGUUUAGAUUUCAGGCAACAAAAAUCAUCCUCUGGCAGCCGUAUUGGAUAUCUUCAGUUCUUAUGCAACAGAAGCAAAGUAGCAUACUAACAGUAGACAUAUUUAAAGGAGUAGUUUGAUAUUUCAGGAAAUACAUUUAGUUGCCUUCUUGCCCAGAGUUAGAUGAGAAGAUCAAUAUCAGUCUCAUAUCUGUCUCUUCAACAUGUAGCUACAACCAGGAGAUGGUUACUUAAAGAGUGGAAGCAGCAGAGAAACAGCUAGCCAGGCUCUGUCCAAAGUUGCCUACUAGCAGCGAAGGCUCACUAAUUUAACAUUUGUUUAAUCUGUACAAAAAAUUAAGCUCAAAAACGACCGUUUGUUGUUUUUACAGGGGGUUGUGUGCGCUCGGCCAAGAAAUAAUCCGGCACGGGGCGCCCUGGUAGCUCACCUGCUAGAGCACGUACCAUUAAAGUCCUUACUGCAGCGGCCCAGGUUCGAUUCCAGCUGCAUGUCAUCCCCCCUCUCUCUCUCCCACCUUUCCUGUCUCUCUGCGGCUGCCACUGACAAAUAAAGGCAAAAAUGCCUGAAAAAAUAAUCUAAAAAGAAAUAAUCCGGCACACAACCCCUCAUAAAACUACAGUUAUUUUUGCACUUUUUUUGUAAGGAUUAAACAAAUGACAUAUAACAGCUUUAGAAGAGCUGGUAGGUAAUUCUGUUACCUUUGGACAGAGCCAGACUAGCUGUUUCCCCGUUUCCAGUCUUUAUUCUAAUAUAGGCUAAGAUAAGCAAACAGUCUCCUUCAUAUUUAAUGUAUAUACAGACUCUCGGCAAGAAAGCAAAAUGAACAUAUUUCCCAAAAUGUUAAACUAAUUUUGGUUUUGAAAGGUCAAUAAUCAGUUGAUUUACUGCUUCAUGCCAGCCUGUUGACUAGUUAAUCACAGUACCAGGUCGCUUGUCACUGUCUAAUGUACCCGUUGACUUGUCCAGUAGAAGCACUCUAACUCACUUGUUAUCCUGAAUGUGGCUAUUAUUAGCGCACAGUCAGUUUUCCAGUAGAGGACGUCAGCCGUGGUUGCUAGGAGAAUUGUGACGCAACCACAGAGCAUCUACAUAGAUAUUCAGAAUGAACACCAUUGACCACGGUCGUUCAAGUGCUAAACUUGUUAAUCCUGCUUUAAAAAAAAGUACUCUUAUAGUGUCUCAUGUUUCCAAUAACCCUGGUGUAGCAAAUUGAGCCUUAAUGUGUGAAUCUAGGAAUUAAAACAUGCCGGAUAUCUCAAGGCACGUUAACUGAUGUUUCCCCUUAUCUCGGCAGUCACCGUUUACUUUGAUGUGCGGGGGGGGGGAUUUCCUGGUGUGAGCAGCAUUCAUUAUUUCUACAUUUUCAGAGGACUAAUGUGAUCACAGUUUCUCUGCCAUCUUUGUAUUUCUUCUAAUGGAGUAAUAAAUGACUCUUGUGUA